AUGCUCCCCCGUCGUGCCGGCAGCAGCCGCGGCUCGCCGCACCGCCGCACGGCGUCGGAGGCGGACCGAGCGGCGCCCAUCGCGGAAACGUCGCUCCGUAUUUGGCGCGUGCUGCUGCUAGCCGGCAACCGCAACGCGGCGACGCGAGCGACGGUGUGCGAUUGCGCGGCCGAGUGCGCAGCGACACCAGUCACGCUCAUCGCUGCGGUCGCCGCUGCCGCCGCGACCAUGAUAAGAGCAGCUGUGACGGCGCUGCUCAGCAACGGCUGGGCAGACAAACGCUACGAGGACGUGCAGAACGCCGCGCUCACGCUGCUCUACCUGCAGGCGUUCAUAGGGCUACUGGGCACGGUUGGGCCCACGUACACGGGCGUCAUCGUGGCGGACGUGGCCGUGGCGCUCUUCGGCCUGGUGGCCGUGGCCAGCGGGUACCAGGCGCUGGGGCGCACAUACGCCGCACUGCUCAUGCUCAUGCUGCUCCUCGACUCCCUCUGGCUCGCCCUCUUCGCCCCCCACAUCUGGAGCGAGGAGCUGACGGCGCCGUGGAGGCAGCACCCGCUGGUGGCGCUGGCAGUGCUGCUGGAGCUCACGUGCCACUCCCUCACCUUCACGCUGCGCCUCCUCUCCGCCCUGCUCUGGCUUCAGAUGCUGCACCUGGGCCUGGCGGACAGCAGGGACGCCACACCCGUGCCCACCUCAGAGGUGCACGCCUACCUCCCUGCCUACGACAGCCUCGGCCCGUACCGCCCUGCAGGCUCGGCAACGCCGGACCUGAGCCCCACGGCGGGGCGGGAGCGGGCGGUGGGUGAUGAGUUCGUGGGCAGCGCCAUCUUCCACCCGUCCGCCUUCGCCACGCUCUUUCAGUCCGACACCCUCCUCAACUACCUCUCUGAGGACGGCAGCAGCAGCGCGCCCAACAGCCUGGACAGCAGCUAUGGGGGGCACCCCGUGGUCGCAGGCGCGGAGGACACUGAGGUGCAUGGGUGGGCAUGGGUGGGAUGGGGUGAUAUGGGGUGA